AUGGCGAACAGAGGGUAUGCAAAAUACGAUAAUGAGGAAGCUCUUGCUCAAAAUGAAAAAGAGUUCUUGGCAAAGACGAGGAACAAGGAUCAACAAGCCCUCAUGCUCAUCCAUCAAUGUUUGGAAGAUGCAAUGUUUGAGAAGGUCGUGGUCGUGGACAAAUCGGAAGAAGAGGACGCGGCUACUAUCAAGAAAAUAAUGGACAAAAGCAACAUUGAAGAGAAAGCUAGCCUUGUUGAGAACAAUAAAGAAGAAGAUGAGUCAACAUUAUUGUUGGCACUCAAGGAAGAAGAUCGGGAAGAUUGUGGCUCGUGGUAUUUGGAUAAUGGAGCAAGCAAUCAUAUGUAUGGAUGCAAAGACAAUGAUGAAGAAGAACCAGAGACCGUGGAACCUAUGCAAGCUGCUACUCCACCUCCUUCACCAACUAAUGUUGCAUCUCCUUCUUCUCAAGAAAGUUCAAAUGAACACACUGAACCAAUAAACUUUGAUGAAUUUAUUACAGACAAAAGGUGGAGACAAGCAAUGGAGGAGGAGAUCGAUUCAAUAGAAAAGAACAACACUUGGGAGUUAACAACUCUUCCCAAAGGUAAUCGAGCAAUUGGAGUGAAAUGGGUAUACAUGACAAAGAAGAAUGCUGAUGGAGAUAUGGAGAGAUACAAAGCACAACUUGUGACUAAAGGCUACAAGGAAAGGCAGUGUAUUUCCGAUAAGAAAGUAGAGCUCAAAUAUGUGAAGUCUCAUGAUCAAGCUGCGGAUAUUUUUACAAAGCCUCUCAAGUUUGAAGAUUUUUAG